GAACGUAAAAACCCUGUAGAGAGACUCUGUGCGAAUCCCGUGUGAGAACAACACUGCGCUGAUCUCUCUAAAAAAGGUUUUCAUCAUGUCCCAAAUAGAAGCGUGGUACAUGGACGAGUCCACCGAGGAUCAGAGGCUUCCUCACAGAUUAGAGCCAAACAAGUCCGUCUCUUUGGAAGACUUGCAGAAAAUCGGAGUUUUCUACCGAAAGUUAAAUGCUGAUAUCUAUGAAAAUGAUCCUGAGUUACAGAGGAUCCGUGAAGAAAGAGGCUACUCUUAUAUGGACAUUAUAACCAUCCAUCCAGAUAAACUGCCCAACUAUGAGGAUAAAUUGAAAAUGUUCUAUGAAGAGCAUCUGCACCUGGAUGACGAGAUCCGCUACAUCUUGGAAGGAAGAGCGUACUUUGACGUCAGGGACAAAAAUGACCACUGGAUCCGAAUUGCUAUGACGAAAGGAGACCUGAUAACACUACCAGCAGGAAUUUAUCACAGAUUCACACUGGAUGAGACCAACUACACUAAAGCCAUGAGGCUGUUUGUGGGAGAGCCAGUAUGGAAGGCCUACAACCGUCCAGCUGAUGACUUUGAAAUCCGCCAGAAGUACGUGCAGUCACUCACGUGCUCCUGAACUGGAUCUAGGCUCACCUGAUGACAUUGGUGUCACGGAGCCAUGGGAUCUAUGCCUUAUUAGAAGUAUGACGUCUCAGCAUCUUCAACAAUCUUACAAUCAUAUCAGCAGGACAGUAUUCAUAAUGCCUUGAUUAUUGUAUCAGUAAGAAUCUCAGUACAUCAAUGUGGUUCAAUGAUGACUUUUCCUGUAGUAAUAAUCACUGUGAUAGAUGUCAGGUGCAGAGUUAGUUUUAGCAUUAGUGAUUCAGAUCUAAGAACUGAAGCACCGUCAUAGUGAGGUGUAAAUUAGGAUAAUACACGCCUGUUACUGUAGUGUUACAAAGUGUUUUGAUCCUUUAAUGAUCGUGUCUUAACAGAUUGAAAUAAAAUUUCACAGGUUUG